GGUCCUGCGGUGUGGUCGCAGGUCGCAAAAUAUUAGUUUCAUUUAAAUGUCGAAACGAAACGAAAUAAUCAACAGAAUAUAUAAAAAAAAAAUUCAAAUAUUUCAACCUUGAUUAAAUUAAUCGUUUCUAGAAAUAGAUGCAGGUUACAUUACAACAAACAUAAGAGGAGUCGUCUUGCACAUCCUGUUUAAUAACCGCUUUAUAAAACAGACAUCGAUCACGCCGACACACCGAAGUCACGUGGAGCAGUGACUUACUAACGUACAAUUAUAGAAUUAACCCCCGUAUCUAUUUUAUUUACACAGUUAUCGUAAUGUAAAGCUAAGGAGCGCCCGAUGCUAACCGUUUAGUUGAUAAGAGAUAUUCGUGUCGCGUAAUACACUAAUUGAUACCUAGUGUUUGACAUUCGACUGGCUCCUAUCAAACUAUGGAUGUUUGAGAUCUGAAAAUGACCGAGGACACCAAGCCGUUAUUGCUAUUCAAAGAUGCUAAAGCCAGCUACGGAACCGAUAACCCGGCGAGGGGUCGGAGGGUCAUCUUCUGCGUCCACGGGAACCCUUCCACGGGAUGCUGCGCUGUCAUCGAGACCAGCGCGGACGGUGAUGAAGUUGCAAGAACGAACAGUAUUACUGAAGAGAGACAUUGUCACAGAUCAAGGAACGAAGAAAUAGACAAGCGGGCCCGAAGAAAACUUAUUAUAGCGAGCGUGCUGUGUGUUAUAUUUAUGAUCGGUGAAAUUGUAGGUGGUUAUUUGUCUAACAGCUUAGCUAUAGCGACGGAUGCUGCGCAUCUGCUGACAGACUUCGCUAGCUUCAUGAUAUCACUGUUCUCAUUGUGGGUGGCCAGCAGGCCCGCCACCAGACGGAUGCCGUUCGGGUGGUACCGUGCGGAGGUGAUCGGCGCCCUGACCUCGGUCCUCCUUAUCUGGGUGGUGACGGGCAUCCUCCUGUACAUGGCCGUCCAGCGAGUCAUCUACAAGUCAUUCGAGAUAGACGCCACCGUCAUGCUCAUCACGUCCGCCGUCGGAGUCGCCGUGAACCUAGUUAUGGGUCUGACGCUACACCAACAUGGACACAGUCACGGAGGACAGGCGGGACACGGACACAGCCAUGGAGGGGCCAACCCGGUGCUUAAUAAUAAGGAGCGUGUGGACUCGGACGCCGAGAGCUCGUCGUCUCACACCCAGGAGGUUCACUCUCACACUCACGGCGAGAACAUCAACGUGCGGGCAGCCUUCAUCCACGUGCUGGGGGACUUCCUGCAGAGCUUCGGGGUCCUGGUCGCUGCUAUCGUCAUAUACUUCAAGCCGGAGUGGAGCCUGGUGGACCCUAUCUGCACGUUCCUGUUCUCGGUGCUGGUGCUGCUCACCACAUACAACAUCAUCAAGGACGCCCUGCUGGUGCUCAUGGAGGGCUCUCCGCGCGGCGUGGAUUUCCAGGAGGUGGCCAACACGUUCCUGUCUCUCCCGGGCGUGGUCCGUGUACACAACCUGCGGAUGUGGGCGUUGUCUCUCGACAAGACCGCGCUCGCCGCUCAUCUCGCUAUACGGAGCGGAGUGAGUCCCCAGAAGGUUCUAGAACAGGCGACGCGUCUCGUUCACGAGAAAUACAACUUCUUCGAGAUGACGCUGCAGAUCGAGGAGUUCAGUGACGUCAUGGAGCAGUGCAGACAAUGUGAGAUGCCCAGCGCCUAGAGAACACCAGACGAUCACACUCACUCAAUAGAAACUAUGUAGGAUGAAUGACAACUGUCAUCGGUUAUAGAUUCACUUUCAUUCAAUUCUCCCGUCAUACGCCAGGAGCUGUAGGAAUGAAUACAAUUCAUUCAUUUAUUUCGUGUCUCUGAUAAUUGUUUCACAAACACAUUCCAUUCGUUCAUUGUUUGACACAUGUCAGUGUCAAAAUGAUUUCGCGCGAAAACAUUUAGCAUAAGUAAGCUUAAUACGAGAAUGAUUAUGUUAAAUAAUUAUUUAACAGGUAACGAAUUUGAAGUUGAGAAAAAGAAAGAGAACGUUGUCAUUAACGAUAACUAACGAACGACCGACCGCCGUAGGACGGUUAACGUAAUGCCAAACUAUUACUAAGUUAUGUUUGUACUAAGUUAUGUACUCAAUGGAGGCUUGUAACCAAUGUUUCGAUUGUAAUAAUUUUAUUCGUUAGUGUUAAAAUAUUUAAAUAAAAGCUAUUAUUAAUUCCUGAUGGAUGUAUCAGAAAUAUUUAUAUUAUAAGUAAUGUUGCAAUUUGUUCAGAGUAUUUCUGUUUUACCGCAUGAUGCAAUAAAUGUAUAAUUGUAUGUA